AUGGCCAGUGGAUUGCGGAUCUUGGUCCCCGUCAAGCGGGUGAUCGACUACGCCGUCAAGCCCCGCAUCAACAAGGCACAGACCGGCGUCGAGACCGCCGGUGUUAAACACUCCCUCAACCCGUUCGACGAGCUCUCCAUCGAAGAGGCGGUGCGAUUACGCGAGCGCAAGGGUCCGCUCAAGGUUGAGAACAUUCUCGCUCUGUCAGCUGGUGGCCCCAAGACCCCCGAUGUCCUCCGCACUGCGAUGGCAAUGGGCGCCGACCGGGCAUUCCACAUCGAUGUGGGCGAUUCCGCGGAUGGAGGCCCCGAGCCCUUGACCGUCGCCAAGAUGCUGAAAGCCGUUGUCGAGAAGGAGAACAUCAACUUGGUAUUGCUCGGCAAGCAAGCUAUUGAUGGUGACCAGGGUCAAACUGGUCAAAUGCUCGCUGGUCUCUUGGGGUGGCCCCAGGCCACGCAAGCGAGCAAGGUUGAUGUGAAGGAUGAGGCUGGCACCGUCGAGAUCACCCACGAAGUUGAUGGCGGUGUUGAGACGCUUCGUGCCAAGUUGCCCCUUGUCAUCACUACCGAUCUGCGUUUGAACGAGCCUCGCUAUGCUAGCUUGCCCAAUAUCAUGAAGGCGAAGAAGAAGCCCUUGGAGAAGAAGACGUUGGCGGACCUCGGAGUGGAAGACACUCGCCGACUGAAGACUCUCAAGGUUACCGAACCCCCGGCGCGCACUGGCGGCGGCAAAGUUGAGGAUGUCGACGGUCUUGUCUCCAAGCUCAAAGAGCUCGGUGCGCUAUAA